GGUUUUAUUAUAUGAAGUCGUUUUUUCUCUUCUCUUGUCUUGUCGGCAAUCAGUGGAAGCGUAGUAUUAGAAUUUUUGAUAAAUAUUAAAUUGACUGAUAUUUAGCGAUAAUCAAGAUGAAGAAAGUAAUAUUUGUAUGUUUGUUAUCACUGUCCGUGUGUCUCAGCGCACCUAACCAGCCACAGGAAACGGCUCCGGCAUCGGCACCUCCUUCCGCUGCUCCGGUUGCUACCGGCACAGAUGCGAACGCUGCACCGAAACCAGAGCACCCUGUAGCUACGACGAAUGGAACCGCGCCUAAGCCGGCCGCAACAGUGCCGGCACAGAAUACUCCGGCUACUAACAGUACACAACCCGCUCCAGCGUCAAAUGACACGUCUUCAAAGACCACUACCAAUGAGACUAAACCGUCUGAGAAGUCUAAUACGACAGACGCUAAACCCAAUACGGACCCCGCAGUGAAGCCCACUGAGAAAGUACCAGAACCAGCUAAAGACAAAACAGAAAACAAGACAGUAGUCCCUGUUGCUCCCACCAACAACGGUACUAACGCAGACAGCAAGGAUGGAAAGAAGAAUGAAACUACGACUACACCAAAGGCUGACAAUGUUAGCCCCACUGUUGCACCCACAGUCCAGACUAAGACUAGAGCAUUCGACGGGCCCAGCUUCAUUGGAGGCAUCAUUUUGACUCUUGGGCUCCUAGCCAUCGGCUUCAUGGGCUUCAAGUACUACAAGAACCAAACCGAAAGAAACUACCAUACUCUCUAAAUACUAAGUUCUCACUCUAUUGUAAGUGCACCAAACUAUGUAUAAGAUUUAUAAUUUUAUAAAUUGAAUAUUAUUUUUCUCAAACUUUUCAUCUUUCGAGUGCACAUUAGUAAAAUACAGGUAUACUUAUUAUACAUUUCCUUGUAAAUUUUGUUUAUUAUCUCAAUAUUUUGACGUAACUUAGCUUUUCCGAAUUUAUAAAUUAGGGUGAUGUCUUACGGGCGUCCGUCUAGCCACUAAAUCUACGCUGAACGAACGGUAGGGUAUAAUAUACCUAGGUGGUUGGUCGUUAGGUAUAAUUUACGAUUCGAAUUAUAAAUUUGUUCUUAUUAAAUAGUGUAAGGUUUGUAACUUCUAGUAGAUUGUUUGGCAUUUAUUUUUCUAUGUUGCAUGCUUCAUUUUAAGUAAGCAAGUAUGUAUCUAUAAUUUUAAUCCGCCAGGUUAUGUUAUGAUUAUGACAUUCGUAUAUUAUAUGAAAAUAUGUGAUUUGUACAUUUGGAAUAUAUAAAUGUUUAUAUACUGAAUUUUAAAUGAUUAUAAAAAUAUAUGAAACCCGAAAUGAGCCACUAAUUAUCGUACUAUUUCAUCUUAGAGUGCAAUUUAGUUGUAGUAUUGAUGUCCUUUUUCUUGUAACUGUGCCAUGUUUCGGAUUUCGAUGUGGAACACUGCAUUUGGUAAAAAAUAUACAGCUUCGUACACACUAUAUUUCAAAGAUGUAGCUAUUAAGUAUAUUUAUUAAUGUUAAGUGUUAUUGUAAGGAAACGCAAUGUGAUGAUGAAAAUAAGGGUCUAAAGUAGUACCUAUCUUGGUUUGGCAUAAUUAAGUUUACUGAAUCUCUGUUGUACUCGACUAAUUCAAUUAUCUCGUUCUCGUUACUAAACUCUUUAGAGAAUCUCAAAAUUCCACUAACGACUAACUAUAGAAACUUUUUUGUGCCAAACCAUAACAAAUUCUGUAUAUUUUGUUUUUUAUUUGUGAUUUUAACACGCUAUUUGUAAACUGGGGAAAGUUGAUUCCAUCCUAAAGUGCUCUUAAAUCUGAACUAUUUAUGAAUAGUUAUUCGAAAGGUUUACACGCCACUAUGAAAAUUCUGUCUAUCUUACUGCUACAUUCAUGUCUGUCAAUGGUUAUGUUGAAUAAAUAAAGGUAUACAUAAA